GACCAAACCAUCGAUUGGCUGGCGAUAACAGCGCAAGAGAAAUAUCACAAAAAAAUAACCUUUUUCAUUUUCAAGACAAACAUGUAAAGAAAUAUGAGUUUAGCAGAGUUGAUAGCGACCAAGACGAGAAAAAGCACACGCAGCUCUGCAAAAGACAACCACGACGACGAGUGAGUGGAGUAGAAGGACCAAGAGUGGAGUAGCAGGAGCAGGAGCAGUCGACCGAGGGCGAGCGAAAAAAUCAAUCGCAGGGACAGGAAGUCAAGAAAUCCGCCACUAUGGUGAUAGAGAAGAUCAUCGGCGACCUGGAGUCCAACAUGACGCUGGAGAACGAGGAGGCCAAGCGCAAACUGGUGGAGAUGCUAACGCAGAACAAGGAACAGUGGGUGGUGCAGUUCAUGUUGGACUACUUCUUCAAAACUGGAUCUCAGCGCAUUCUGGAGGUGCUGGUGAAGGCCCAAACGCCGCACGAUGGCUACAUCUUUGACAAGCUAGACGACUGCCUAAAACAGUCUCAGCACCGGGUGCAGAGCCUCCAGGUAUUCUGUUUUAUAGUGCGGCAUCAUCCCACAUGGCUGUAUAAGAUCGAGAAGCACCGACUGAUUAAGAGCGUUUUCAAACUGCUAACGCAUGAGAAGGAGAUAGUGCCGCUGAUGAGUGCCUUGCUGUGCAUCAUCACACUGCUACCUAUCAUACCGAAUUCUGUUCCCAACUUUCUGAACGAUCUUUUUGAAGUGUUCGGGCAUUUGGCCUCUUGGAAGCUGCAAAACAGCAAUAAAUUGCCGGACGAAAAACUUGUUCACCUCCAGUUGGGCCUACAGAUGCUGUUUCACCGUCUGUAUGGAAUGUAUCCGUGCAGCUUUAUGGCCUAUUUGGUAGAGUUCAUUAAGCGGGGAAACGGCGGUGGCAUCUUUCAGCACACUAUUAAACCACUACUGGAUACGGUGCGAGUGCAUCCCAUGCUGUUAACGGCCACGCCGGAAACGGAGGUGAACAACACGCGCUGGAAAGAGAUGGAGCCGCAUGACGUGGUUAUGGAGUGCGCUAACCUGUCACUGCCUGUUCUUCUGCCUGAGGCAAGCAACGAAGACGGUAGCUAUGCGUAUCCAAUGACACCAGGCUAUAGCCGUAUGACCUCGAACACCUCGAAUACGGACUACAGCUAUCAGAUGCGGGAGUUUCAGCACUCGAGGAACAUCUACACCCGCUUCGAUUCGUCUGCCUCGGGUGGGGAUAUGGGUCCCAUUUGGAGUCCGCACAACGAGAUAGCCACGACCAGUAGCGCCAUACCACUGACACCUACCACUUCGUUUAUUUUACCACUGCAGUCGGCAAUUAACUCUCAGCUAAUGGUAGGCAUGACGGGCUCCUCACCGCCUGAAGCUGCGGUGGAGGCGACACCUGAAACUACGCCGCUAAAAGAUUUGAGAGAGAUCAAGCAGCCAGGUCGUGCGGUUAAUUCUAAUGCAGUAAGAGCCAUCUUUGCCACAAGCCAGCCUUCUUCACCCAUGCGCAAGGACCAGCAAAAUCAGUUUAGUUUCCCAGAUGUGUCUCGUGAGGCCGAGGAAAGCAGUCACUCAUUUUUGGAAGUCACCAGAGUCACCACCUACGAGCGACGCCUUCAGCAGGUCAUUCAGGACAGGCACAACGUGGAGCGAACGGUAAACGCACCUUUUCCAAGCAGCCUGCCGGAAAUGAACUCCGAAUUGUCCCUAGUUGGAAGCUCCGUCUAUCAAGCUGGCACUCAGGAUGUCGCCGCCGUUUGUGGCGAGUGCAAUGAGACCGACCGGGACCUGUGCAGUGUGGGAGGACUCCACAUGCCGACCAGUCGAUCUAUGCACCAACUGGCCAAGAAGCGCCGCAAUCGUAUGGCCAGCUAUAGUGGAAAUGACUCAUGUGCGGACAGCAGGAGCUCGGCGGCCAAAAAGGCCAAUUGGAGCGUUGAGGCAGAAAAUCCUAUGCGUCGAACUAAAUCCUGUUCCGCCCUGGCGGGAAUGCGGCAACAGCACUUGGAGGAGAAUGAUGACGAGGCCGAUUGUCCGGCCCAGAGACCGGAGAAUGGAAAUACGCAAAAGACUGGCAGCCGCCUGCAGAGGAGCGGCCGGAUCCUGGCCAUUUCGGCCCCCAAGGAGCCGGCCAGAAGCUGCACCCACGCCUCUACUCAAACGGUGGAAGGUGUGGAUAGUGCUCCAUCGCAGUACGAGAAUUGGCUGAUUGAACUACUGCUUGAAUGCAAGGAGCAGCGAAACAACUAUGAGAGGAGUCUUCUGUACCCACAGGAUAUCUUGGAUGAGUACAUCAAGCAUGCGAUCAAGGCCAAUGAGACCUUUGAUGCUGAGCAGGGUCAACUAAUGUGCCUGCAAUUAGAGUACGAGAGCUACCGGCGAUCCAUUCAUGCGGAACGCAAUCGACGACUCAUGGGACGAAGCAGGGACAAGCGAAGCCUGGAAAUGGAGCGAGAUCGGUUGAGAGAGCAGCUUAAGAACUUUGAUGCAAAGAACAAGGAUCUGGCCAACAAGAUGGAUCAGGCCAUGCGUUUAGCUAACGAGCGACAAAACAUCCACCAGGAGGAGCUGAGCGAGAUGAGGGCAAAGUACCAGCACGAACUGGAAGAAAAGAAGUGCCUACGGCAGGCUAAUGACGACCUGCAAACGCGCCUAACCAGUGAGGUGGCCCGUCAUAAGGAGAUGAACUACGAGCUAGAGUCUCUUCGAGGUCAGAUCUUCAGCAUGGGAACGGAACUCCAGCAUACCCAACAACAGGCGGACAUGGGACUGCAUUGCAAGCAAGAACUGGCGCGCCUGGAAGCCGAGUUCAUCAUAAUGGGCGAGGUGCAGGUUCGAUGUCGCGAUCGUUUGGCUGAGAUUGAUAACUUCAGGGCCCGCGACGAGGAAUUGCAGAUGCUGCAAGAAAGCAGCCACCUAGAACUAAAGGAACUGAGGCACAGCCUGGACGAGAAGACAUCACAGCUGGAGAGCAUGAAGCACAAGAUCAGCGACCUUCAAGCCCAGCUGGCCAGCAGCGAGAAGGCCAUGACGGAGCAGAAGCGACUACUAAGCACGGUCAAGGAUGAAUACGAGGAAAAGUUCAGGUCCGUGAACAAGAAAUAUGACGUGCAGAAGAAGAUUAUCAUGCAGAUGGAGGAGAAGCUGAUGAUGAUGAUGCAGCAGCCGCAGGGAAUAGCAGGUCAAAACACAUGCUCCCCAGACACGGACAGAACUGACAUUGCUUCAUCCAUUGAACGCAACUCACCGCUAUCCACCUCGCUGGCGUCCAGCGAAAGCUUAUCGGCCAGUUUGCGCUCGACAGAGCUGAAGAACCUACACCAGCUGGUAGAUACGCCGUCAAUUCCGGAAGUGCUAAGCAGCUUGGCAGCUGGCGCUCAAUUCGAGGACGGGGUGCGUCUACCGGCCGUUGACUUGGCCACCUCGGCCAGCACCGCCAGUGCCAUCAACAUCGUGCCGCACGCAUUAGACCUGCCGUCAACUUCUGGCGGCAUCGGUCACACGCUCACCCACCCACAUCCGCAUCUCCACCUGCAGCAGCAGCACCAAGAGCAACUGCAGCUGGAGCAGCAGACGCAGUUUGUAAAAAAGAACUAGCUUUCCUUUGCUAAACAAAUGUAUAUUGGUAAAAAUCGACACAGAAAGUCAACAAAAAAGUUUUCGGUUCUUCAUAUUUUCAUAAUCAGUUCAAAACUGUAUUUAAGGUUUAAUAAAUCGCUGACUCCACGCAAUAAUUAUAAAGGUUAUAAAAAAUAUUAAUGUUUGAAAUUUUAACUUGUUUAGCACAUUGCAAUUUGUUGUAAAAAAAUGGUUUUGAUACGAGGCAAUAAGUAAGGCGCGCAUUCAUAUUAUAAUAAACAUUUAAUUAAGAUCAGCAAGCAUAAA